AUGAUUCGGGUAACGCCAGGGAUACCCAGGUUUCGCCCUCGGACUCUCCUUGUCACUCUUAUUGCCCGAGCCCAUGACUUCCGCACCCCUCGCCCAAUUCUCGGCGAUCCAUACGCUCAACAUAUUUUAGAUCGGCUUGACUUCGAUGUUACCAAGAUGACUAUGGCACCCAAUCAGAUGGCAAGCAUCGCUGUUCGAACAAGCAAUUUCGACCGAUGGACUUCAGACUUCCUCCAACACAACCCAGACACCACUGUUCUACAUCUGGCAUGUGGCCUCGAUAGUCGAAUGGACCGCGUGAACUGGGGCGACAACACUCGGUGGAUGGACAUUGACCUUCCUGAGGUCAUUGAGCUUCGAAGAAAAGUUCAGCCUACAUCCUUGCCUGGUCGAGAUUACUCCCUUCUCGGAAUUGACGUUCUCGAUGAGUAUUGGAUGCAUGAGCUUUCCACUGACGGGCCAGUACUUGUCGUGAUGGAGGGAUUGCUGUGCUAUCUGCCAGAAGAUGAUGUGAAACGGCUGUUACAACGACUCUGUCAAACCUUUCGCCGAGGAGAACUGCUUUUUGAGUGUAUCAAUUCUAUGACUCUACAGGCCUUGAAUGGGACAAAGCCAAUACAGCCAGUCAGUGGUAUCGGCGCUGAGUUCCAUUCAUAUGUGGACGAUCCUAAGACCUUAGAACUCCUCCAUCCUGGCUUGAAAUUGAUGGAAUCAAUUCGUUUAGCAGAAGCUCCCGGUGUCGAAAUGCUCCCCCUUGGCUUUCGUGCGCUCAUGUAUCUACGUUCCUGGAUCCCUGGUGUACGCGACGCUGCAAGAUUCCUGCGCUUCCAAUUUGGAGAAAUUGGUGAAGUUGCAAAUGAAUAG